CGCCCGGCCUCAGUGUCCCAGGCCCGUCCUGCGGGGAGCGCGCCUCCGCGAUGCCCUUCCGAAAAGAAUGCAGAGUAUUGGGGUCCCACUCCCAGAGGCCAUCAGGAGGAUGCAUUUAGAGAUGCUGUCAUUCUUGGAGAUUCGGCUGCGCGGGUCCACGGACCAGUGGACGGUAGUGCUCCUUUCCUCCCAGCACAGUUGAGGUGAUUAUUCUGGGAAGCCAUGCCCGUUGUUUUUAGGGGAUGGUAGGAGGAAGCUCAAGGAGUCUAGGACCGUCAGCCAAAGCUGGGUUUAGGGCGUUCUCUGCAGCUGGUUAUCGCACUACUGAUGCUAGCCUGCAGGGGGCACCAGCAGGCUGCCUCCUGGCUUGCUCACAGCCCUUCCCCGCCCUUCCCCACCAGCUCCCCACGUGGAGGAGGGGCUGGAACCAGAAGAAUGCGUUCCCGCCCCAAAGCUGACGUGUGCAUCGCUGCCGGCAGGACUCUUAAAAGCCCACGCGGAGCGCGGGGCAUCCUAGCAGAGCUGGAGGGGAGGCGAGCGGGAGGAAACCGCGGAGGGCUGGAGCUGGCUCACUGGGACUGCGGCUGUCACUGCUCUUCGAGCAUCCCUGAGUGGGGGACUUCCUGAGUGGAGGGGCCAGGCCCUGCGGAAGUUGCGGGUGUAUCCCCAGACCCACGCCCCUUUCGAAGCGCUCGCGGAACCUCUCGCCCCGUGCGAGGGUUCGUCAUUUAGCGCAAAGCACGUUUCCAAAAAAGCAGCGCUAGGGAGAGCGCCCGGGCCGCGCUUCCGCGCACAAACUCCCUCUUUCCCUUUGUUUCUGGGAGUCGACAAGCCGAUCUCUUCCCCAAGUCUGAAUUAUUCGCAAGAGGAGGGCCGCCGAGUCUAGGCUGUGAAGAUGCCCCUGGAGCUGACUCAGAGCCGGGUGCAGAAGAUCUGGAUCCCGGUGGACCACCGUCCUUCGUUGCCCAGAACCUGUGGGCCGAAGCUGACCAACUCCCCAACAGUGAUUGUCAUGGUAGGCCUCCCUGCCCGGGGUAAGACCUACAUAUCCAAGAAGCUGACUCGAUACCUCAACUGGAUUGGUGUCCCCACGAAAGUGUUCAACGUUGGAGAGUACCGCCGGGAGGCCGUGAAGCACUACAGCUCCUACAACUUCUUCCGCCCUGACAACGAGGAGGCCAUGAGAGUCCGAAAGCAGUGUGCCCUCGCUGCCUUGAGAGACGUCAAAAGUUACCUGACGAAGGAAGGGGGCCAAAUUUCAGUUUUCGAUGCCACCAAUACUACUAGAGAGAGGAGACACAUGAUCCUUAAUUUUGCCAAAGAAAAUGAUUUCAAGGUGUUUUUCAUCGAGUCAGUGUGCGAUGACCCUACAGUUGUGGCCUCCAACAUUAGGGAAGUGAAAAUCUCCAGCCCGGAUUACAAAGACUGCAACUCAGCAGAGGCCAUGGAGGACUUCAUGAAGAGAAUUAACUGCUAUGAAGCCAGCUAUCAGCCCCUCGACCCCGACAAAUGUGACAGGGACCUGUCCUUGAUCAAGGUGAUCGACGUGGGCCGGCGGUUCUUGGUGAACAGAGUUCAGGACCACAUUCAGAGCCGAAUUGUGUACUACCUGAUGAACAUCCACGUGCAGCCCCGCACCAUCUACCUGUGUCGGCACGGAGAGAGCGAGCACAACCUCCAGGGGAAGAUCGGAGGGGACUCAGGCCUGUCCGUCAGGGGCAGGAAGUUUGCCAACGCCCUGAGCAAAUUUGUGGAGGAGCAGAACCUGAAGGACCUCAAGGUGUGGGCCAGCCAGCUGAAGAGCACCAUCCAGACGGCAGAAGCCCUUCAGCUUCCCUAUGAACAGUGGAAAGCGCUCAACGAAAUCGAUGCUGGUGUCUGCGAGGAGAUGACCUACGAGGAGAUCAAGGACACCUACCCUGAGGAGUACGCUCUGCGCGAGCAGGACAAGUACUACUACCGGUACCCCACUGGGGAGUCCUACCAGGACCUGGUCCAGCGCCUGGAGCCAGUGAUCAUGGAGCUGGAGCGGCAGGAGAAUGUGCUGGUGAUCUGCCACCAGGCUGUCCUGCGCUGCCUGCUGGCCUACUUCCUGGAUAAGAGUGCAGAGGAAAUGCCUUACCUGAGAUGCCCCCUUCACACCGUCCUGAAGCUGACGCCAGUCGCUUACGGCUGCCGUGUAGAAUCCAUCUACCUGAAUGUGGAGUCCGUGAACACACACCGGGAGAGGUCAGAGGACGCAAAGAAGGGACCUAACCCACUCAUGAGACGCAAUAGUGUCACCCCACUAGCCAGCCCCGAGCCCACCAAAAAGCCUCGCAUCAACAGCUUUGAGGAGCAUGUGGCCUCUACCUCCGCUGCCCUGCCCAACUGCCUGCCCCCGGAGGUGCCCGCGCAGCUGCCUGGACAACCUUUGCUAGGGAAAGCCUGUUUGCCAGUGGCAUUUCUUCUCAUGAACAGCAGGAGCAUCAAGAGGUUGGGGAGUGGGGGAACCCCUGGGAUCUUAAGGGCUGUGGUUGGAGGAUGCCCGUAAAUGUGGUUUCCCAACAAAGCGAGCAUGGCGGCCCAGCCAGUGUGGUGUCCUCCAGUCCAGUCCUGGGGGCUGUUUCCUGUGCUUGGGGCCAGCCAUUCACCAUGCAUCCUUGACUUUGAAAUUUCAAAUGCACACUAACAACAAAAUGCUACUAAAGAUGUAUUUUGUUUUUUUUUUUCCAACAUGUUUCUUCCUUUGCCCCACUAUGCUUGAAAGACGAACUGUCUGUCACAUUUUCUCAAAGUUUUCUCCUUACUAACCUUGGAAAGGUAAAUGGCUCGGUGCAUGCCCCUCUCGGUCCCCUCCGCAUCUCUCUGAGUCAUGGCAUCUCUGCCUGGCAGGGCGCCUCGGUCUGUGUGAAGACUGGCCAUUGUGAAGUGUGUGACUCAUACACCCCAUGCCAGAGAACUCAUGAUUUUUUUAAGAGCAGCACCCUUGUCCUGAGGUCCCCUCUCUCACUUCCUCCUUUCCCUCCAUGUGUCCUGAGCCAGGGACACCAUGAGUGAAUGGUUUGACAAUGCCUGUGCCUGCGGCCUCCUGUGUCAUUGUCCCGUCGCCAUCAUUUGUGGGUGCUCGGAGUCAGGCUUGACAUGUGUGAGGGCGGGUUGGAGGCAGCUGGGCAGCACCUCGCUCUGACCCUACAAGUUGACUGGGUCCUCUCUGGUUUCGAGGCUUCAGAGUGUUCCCCAACAGACACCCACUUCACAGAGACUGUCUGAUGUACUGUAGUUGGAGGUCCAGUCACCUGGGAUCCUGAGUCCAGCUGAGAGCAGGCUCAGAUCUGGCCUUCAGUGCUCCCAGCCUGGGCUUCUCUUCUGUCGGGAUUCCUGCACCAGGGCCCUUGGUUCUGCAGGGAAGGGAGUGGGCCCAGGUGAUCCUUGCAUACUUGUCUCUCUGGGUUCCACUCUGUACCCCUGUCCUAUAAGACAGUCUUGGCGUAGACACUCAGGAUGGGAGAGAACACUUUUUAAAAAGAGUCUCCCUUUUUGGUGGGUAAAUUAAAGAGGUUAAAGAGACCCGCUGCUGUGCAGUGGCAGCCAUCAUUCAUCCCCAGCUGAUAGAAAAACAUUUGGGGGGGGGGGGUGUGGUUUGGUACUGGCCAGCUUCUUACAGGUGAGGCUUCUGGCUGGGAUUACUUUUAUGAGAACGGGAAGAGAGCCUUAGUGACAAUGCCCACGCCCAGCCCGCUCGAGGCACCUGUGCUCCAGCUGCCGAGCUUGUGUUCCUAGGAUCUGGAUCCCAGGGGCUGAGGUGUGCGGCCCUGCUUGAGCCGAGUGGGGAGGAGAGUCCGUAUGCUUUUCUAGAGGGCCUCCUGGAGCAUCUGCCUGUCGUGGCCAACAAGACUUCCUGGGGCAGGGGCAGGGGCAGCCCCGCGGCUCUCAAGGGCUGAGCUGAGGAGCGUCUUCUACGUGCUGGCCCCAUUGCUCCCCAGGACAGCUCUGACCUACGGAGCUGCCUGCUGUCCCUCUUCUCCUUCCUCUGCCAUGAGGCCCUUCUCCUGUGUGACCCUGGCCUUCACCUCCACAUGUUCCUGGGGCCUCCCUGGGCAACUGCCACCAGUUUGGUUACUAAUGUUCUCCCGGGAUUGUGUUUUUUGUUUGGGGGGAGGGAGGUUGAAGUCUCAAUUGCAUGGUUUUAGUCUUUUGCUUUGGAAACCUAGUCAACAGUAAUAAUUCCCCUUCCCCACCCUUUUUCUCCUGAAAACAGAACAUGAAUGGCUACCAGAGCAGCGUCGACUCCUCCCAGACACACUGAGGCAGACCCAUCGGUUCCAUUCCAUUUCCAUUCCUGCAGCUUAGGUAGGGCUCUUCCCUCCACCCGAGGCCGACCAUGCCAACGGCUUCUCCCGGAAAGGGCUGGGCGGCGUACAAGAGGGGUCUGCUGGUCAAAGUGAACUUCUGCUCCCAACAGCACCUGGGCGGCCAAGACCCCAGCACGCCUUUCCUGUGUGUGCACAGAAUCUAUGCUUCUGUGGCCACCCCCAUCCCAUGCUCUCCCCACUGUCCAGGCUGUGUGGCCUCACGGACCCUUCAUAAGACUUGGUGAGGACAAUGAGCCGUGGAGGAGGUGAGAGAAGGCCCCGAGGAGGGGACGGACAUUGGGCACCUCGUGCUGUUUUUUUGUUUCAUGUCUGUGACCUUGGCCUAGAAUGUUCCCAGCUGGGAAAAUGACAUUGGUCUCAGAAUCCUAACAUUAAAGGGGCCUAGGUCCCAGUUGCUGACAGUUCAGGGACGUAGAAAACUUUCAUAAGGCUUGUUGGGGCAUCUUUGCCUGGGAUGUUGACCUGUGAAGAAAAGACGAGUUGCUGGGGUAGAGCCGGCCAGAGAGCCAGUCUGGAGGUGCAGACAGAAGUCCCUGAGCUGGACUCGCUCAUCAGCUAAGCAGUGACCCUCUCCAUGUCCACACACCGUCCCAGGUCUGUGCUCAGCCGCUGAAGAUGUUGGACAGUCUGGCGGUGUUGGCAAGAGGAAAUGGCACCGGGGCCUCACCCUUCCCGGGAGCUGCGUGGUCCCUCUGCCGCAGGCCCAGAUCAGAGGCACCUGAGUGCGACAUGGCUUCCCUGGGGCUGCUUUGCUUUGAAAUUUUUCUGGCAGAACAUGUGACCUGAACAUCAAACCUUCCCUUCAGGAAUUUAGAUGUUUGGGUUUUGUGCCCCUGGGGGCUAGAGCUCUUGAAGAAUGUGGGGAGUCAGGCAUUCCCAUGAGAUGGGGGGCACAGAGGAACCCCAGUAAACGGCUGGGAGCAAGCGCUCAGAUCAUUGCAAGACAGCCCCCGGGAGACAGCAUGGAGAAGAACAAGGAUCCAGCCUCCUUCCUUCAGGACAUUCGUCACUUCCUAUGCUUCCCAGGUGGGGACAGUGGCCCAAGCCAGGCCUCACUCUGGGCCACUUCCUCCAAGAGGCUAUGUUCAUGGCCUCCCGCAGGAGUCGGCUCAUUCCCGCACGUUUUCAUGGAGCAU